UGUCCUCGAUUAAUUGGACCCCAUCGAUGUCGAGAACGCUCGCUGCGCUGUAGGCUUCGUAAAACUCCGCAGUGCGUGCUCCGUACUGUGGGCAACUCAGUUGACAAUCAUUCCUCUUGUGUUGGACUGAUUUCUUUCUCAGAGAUAAUGACCUCCCGCCGAAUCGAGUUAUUAGGCGCAGAAUAUAGAUCCCUGAUUGCCUCUAUCCAGGACGACAUGCAGCUCAUUUGUACGACCGUCGCGAAGACGAAAAAAGUUCUCAAGGAGACUCCGGAGUUGUUCGACGAAGAUUUUAAAAACGGUACAGUCGAAUCGCUCCGGAAAUUGAACGACACUCGGCUGACGCUGGAGGCUGAGUCACGAGCUCUAGCGACUAUCAGGGAAGAUCCCGGAUCCGGAGAAAUAUCGAAAAACCUCGAGGAUCUCUUCAAGAAGCAUAGCAGAGAGAAACGAGCUCCGCACGAGUUUCCUGAACUCGCCCGCUUCCAGAGCAUUUUCGAUGGAGCGUCGUCGUCAGCCGCGCGGAAGAGCUCCGGGACACGGAAAAGUCGGAAUGCCGCUGUCGAGGUUGUGGAGGAAGAACCGAAUAUCCGGAUGGAUCCCUUGACUAGAGGCCCGAUUAAAGUCCCCGUGCGAAACAAACGUUGUAAACACUAUUAUUGCUACGAAACCAUCAUUAAUCACAUCAAGUCGCAUCCUUACCCGCGAUGUCCGAUUGCCGGAUGUCGACUACCACACAUCUUAGAAGACGAUCUGGAAUUUGUUUGAGCUUAUCGUAUCGCUGUUGUGAACUUCGUUAAGCUGCUGAGCCAUGCAUGGGCGAAGAGAUCUCAAAUAAAGAGGGUUUGGCCAUGAAUACA